GUUGAAAAAGAUCAAUACCAUUGCAAAGUGGUUAAAAAGAGAUACACUGUGUAGAAUAGCCACAUAAAAUAUAAAUAUAAAAUUAAUAAAGGAUAAAGUUAUAGGAGAGUCUUAUUAGUAAUAAUAUGCUAGCUAUUUUUGUUUAUGGGUAAUAUUCUCCGCAAACGGAUAAAUUAAAACAAUCGAAGAGAAACUGAUCCAGGGCGUUCUAAAUGCGACUAUACGAAUGGGACCUAACCUCAUUCAUAAAUCAAUGGUUGCGUGGAUAAUUUACGGAUUUUAAUUAAUUAAUUUAUAAACUUUUAAUUAAGUAGUUAAGAACAUUUCAAGUGAUAAUCUUAAGUUGUGAUUUCGUGUUUAGAUUGACAUUUUUUUUAAUCAAAAAUUUAUAGAAUGAUAUGUUUAAUGACGUCAUUUUUUGACGAAAAGGCAUGUGUAUAAUAUUUUCUAAUAGAGGGGAAGCCCCAAGUGUGAAAAAUAGACAUGUAUUUUAAGAUGAAGUGUUAAGAAGUGUCCAUUUUUAUAAAAUAAUGGAUGCCCCAUUGAUAAAUACUGUGUGUUGCCCUGAGUACGAGACACCUAGCUGGUCCACUUGGUUAAAAAUUCAAAUUGAAAACUUUAGUUUAACUUCAAAUAAUUUAUGUAAUAAUCCUAUACUUCCAAUACAUCAACAGGACAAUUUUAAUAAUCAAAAUACAAUAUCAGCAAUUACUAAAAGCUUAAGUAAUGAUUUAGUGUUAGAGAAGAAUUGUAAUAAAUAUAAAGAUAGUAAUAAUAAAGUUGAUACAACUCAAAAUUAUCCGCAAAAAACUUUUAACAACACUGUUGUGGGCGGUGUACCCACCGCAAAUCGGUACACAGCAAACAAUUUGACAAUGUGGUCGAGAAAUAAAGUCAAUAGAGAUAACAGAGCUUGUACAAAUAAUAUGGCAUUACAACCUUCAGAAUAUGUUGGGAAAUAUGGUGGAAAACCUUGGAGAAAACCAGAUUUCCAUUAUUCAAUUGGUAUUAUUGGCUUACAUGAAGAAAUUGAUCAUUGUGCUGAAUGGUUGCAACCAACACAAGCUGAGCAUUGUAUGCGCGGGAAAGUAGUAAAUCGUGUCGAGUCUACAAUACUCUCCUUAUGGCCGAAUGCGCAUGUUCAAGUAUUUGGAUCAUUUCGAACAGGAUUAUAUUUACCAACUGCUGAUAUUGAUAUUGUUGUGAUAGGAAAUUGGGAUAAUUUACCAUUAAGGACAUUAGAAAAAGCGUUACUUGAUCAAGGUAUCGCAGAACAAGAUUCAAUAAAAGUGUUAGAUAAAGCCUCGGUACCAAUAAUCAAACUUACUGAUCGUGAGAAUGAUAUUAAAGUAGAUAUUAGUUUUAAUAUGUCAAAUGGAAUACGUUCAGCUGAAUUAAUAAAAGAAUUUAAACAACGAUUUCCAUGUUUAUCAAAAUUAGUAUUCGUUUUAAAGCAAUUUUUACUUGAACGUGAAUUAAAUGAAGUAUUUACUGGCGGUAUUUCAUCGUAUAGUUUAAUUUUAAUGGUGAUUAGCUUUUUACAAUUACAUCCUCGGGAUGAUCCAACAAAACCUGAUGUGAAUUUAGGUGUAUUACUUAUUGAAUUUUUUGAAUUAUAUGGUAAACGUUUUAACUAUAUGCAUACAGCUAUUCGAAUCAAAGAUGGUGGAUCGUAUAUUAAAAAAGAAGACAUUAAAAAAGAUAUGAAAGAUGGACAUCGACCUUCUAUACUUUGUAUCGAGGAUCCUUUGACACCCGGUAAUGAUAUUGGCAGAUCAUCGUACGGUGCUAUGCAAGUAGCACGAGCAUUUCAUUUGGCUUACAUGCAGUUAACGCACUUUGUGAAUCCUUUAAAUAAAUUACAGAAUAAUUGUAACGAACAAUCAAUUUUAGGACGAAUAAUUCGGAUUACGGAUCAAGUUAUUGAUUAUCGAAGAUGGUUAGCAGAAAAAUUUAAUCAGGAAAUGCAAUUACGUGAAAGCAUGACAAGUUUAGUUGAAAAUCAACAAAAUCAUACGAAUUUUGUAAAACCAUCGUUAGAAUUAUCACCUACGGAAGAUAUUCGACGAUUGCACGACGACAAUAUUACAUCCGUUGAAAUUGUUGAAGAUCGUCAAUUAAUUCGACAAAGUUCUGGCGGUAAACAUCAAUCACCAAAUGAUUUUGGUACACAGACUAGUGCGAGUAGUAUUGAAAGUGCAUCAUCUACUUCAGCUGAAAAUGAUGAUGACGAUGAGUACUCAAUGACUCACGAUGAUGAAGAUCAAGAAGAAGAAGAGGAAGAAGAAGAAGAUGAUUAUUAUGAAGAUGAUUCUUCUGGUAGCCAUGAGUCGAAUACAACAUUGCAUCACACGAACAGUAAUCAAAUGAAAAGCCAAUCAUAUGGUAACAAAAUGACAGGAUCAAAUUUACAUUCGGCGAAUCGACAUUAUCACAACACAAUGAAAUCACAUCCCGAUUCGACAGACUCACGACAACAAAAUCGUACCACUGCCAAUAAAAUCGACUCUUUUUCCAUGAAUCGAACACAACGUAAUCAACAAAAACAUCCAAGAUGGACGUCGCGACAUGAUCAAAAAGAUUCAACAAACGAAUCACAAAUUCCCACAGUAUCCGUUGCAAAUUUAACCAGUUUAAACACAUCAAAAGUAAUUGAUCGAACGAAAAGUCAGCCUUUGAAAACAUUUAACAUGGCCAAAUGUUAUCCAAAUGUAUCAAAUGCAUCACCAAACGCGGGUAAAAAAUUAUUUGAAGCUGCCAUUGCAGAUUUAUCAAAAUCACACAAUGUGAUUCAUCAACCAAAAGUGAUUCAUCAUCCGCGUCCUAAUGAUCGUGUUUCAAUGUCCAGUUCGUCUGAUUCAAGCUUAAGUGUAGAAUUGUCUGGCAACCAUCCUGAUAUCCAAACACAUCGCCAUUCAAAUCAACGUAAUUUUAAUGAUGAUAAAAAACCACGUAAAUAUCCAAAUCCAAUGUAUAAUCCAAACAAUUACGAUUCAGAUUUAAGUGAUGAUCAAUCCUCUAAAAUGAGCAUGCAUUUAAAUCAAAAUGGACCAGGUCGUAAUAAGAAACAAAAAGAUCAACAAAUUGGUAGCGGUCAAAUGCAACGAUCUCAUUCAAAGUCACGACGUAAUCGUGAUAGUACUAAUCGCCAUUAUCAACGAAAAAAUACUGGAAUGAAUUACUCAACAGAAAAUGUUUCAACAUCAAGUCAACAUUUAAAUAAUACACGUGUCACAGCACUAAAAGCUGAACAUGCAUUAAUGGAAAAUAACCGUACACAACAAAAUGGUGGACAAAAUAGAAAUAAUAAACAAUACAGUAGCAGUAAUAACAGUAGUAAAAAUCAAAGAGAAAGUAGUUUCUCACCAAUUAGACAAAAUAGUAAAGACAAUAGAGAUAAAUAUAAUAAUUCAAUAUCGAAUAAACGAAAAAGGAAUUCGUGUUCGUAAAUAUCAUUAGGUUUUAGGUAAAAAAAAAAAAACAAAGAGUUUAUUCUUGUCAUUUAUAAAAAUAUGUUUUAAAAGUGAUGUUUGUUGCUUCGUUUUCUCUCGUAAUCGUGAAAUUGGCCUGAUUAAUUUAUUUGAUAUUUUCAUUCCAAUUGAAAGAAGUACCCAACGAAGCAAUAGAAACAAUUUUUAGUGUUGAUUUAAGUGAUACCAAUGUUGGAUGAAAAAUGUCCGAUAAAAAUUAGGUCGUACACAACCAGUAAGGCUUUAUUGUAAGUUUAAAAAAUAUGAGUAACACGCAUAUUAAUUACCAAAAUACAUUUUGAACGUUUCAUUCUCGUAAUAAUUAGUUAAUUAAUCGUAAUUACUGUAUGUAUGAAUAGUGAAUGUAAAAAAUUUUAUAAAUAUCAUCUCAUCUUCACACAAACUCGUGUUUAAUUAGAGCAAUUGAGUGUGGAAUAAUUAUUGAUUUGUUCUUUAUAAUUUAUUUUCAAACUUAUACGAAUUAUAAUUAUCUUCUUUUACAUUCUUAAUUCCAAUUAAUUCUUUUCUGUUAGGUUUGUCGUGGUAU